UCGUUUUAUACAGUGCCAUUUAGUGCCAAAUUGCUAUAAUCCAAAAACAAAUGAGUUUAGCUUGGUUUCCAACUAAAUAUUUAAAGCCGUCACACAUCCUUCCGUUCUUGUUGCUUUGACAAAUGAAGCAUGACAAUAUUCGGUUCUACAUUUUGUUUCACCAAGUGACAGCUAUAUUUAUAACCUAAAUUAGUCAUCGAGUGUAGUUAAAUGAAACUGACGGCGUCUAGAUAAGUGCUAGUUAUGUUCGUCAAAUAAAUUUGUUUGUUAAUGGUAAUGCACCAUAUUUCGGUUAAAUAAUUUUCAUUGGGUUUUACUUGACAAUCGAGUUGUCGGUGACGCUCACUAAGAUAACUGCGUAGAACCAGCUCUUCAAAAUGACGAGCAUCUACAACUGGUACAGAGACCUCUUGGACAACAGGAGUGAUCCGCGGGUGAAGGAUUGGCCGAUGACGUCGUCGCCGUGGCCCACGGUCGCGAUAUGCCUGGGCUACGCUUACUUCUCCAAGUCCCUAGGGCCCCGGCUCAUGGCCAACAGGAAACCCUUCGAGCUGCGACGCGUCCUCAUAGUGUAUAACCUCUUUCAAACUCUCUUCAGUGCCUGGAUAUUCUAUGAGUACCUAAUGAGCGGCUGGUGGGGCGAAUACAACUUCAGUUGCCAACUCGUCGACUACUCGCGGAGCCCAACAGCAAUGAGGAUGGCGGCAACGUGCUGGUGGUACUACUUCAGCAAGUUCACAGAGUUCUUCGACACGUUGUUCUUCAUUCUGCGCAAGAAGAACGAACAGGCUUCGACGCUGCACGUCAUACAUCACGGCAUCAUGCCCUUCUCCGUCUGGAUGGGCCUUAAGUUCGCACCAGGCGGCCACAGCACAUUCUUCGCGCUCCUCAACACGUUCGUGCAUAUCGUCAUGUACUUCUACUACAUGGUUUCGGCCAUGGGGCCCAAGUACCAGAAGUAUAUUUGGUGGAAGAAGUACCUCACCGCUUUCCAGAUGGUGCAGUUCGUGAUGAUCUUCACGCACCAGCUGCAGGUGUUGUUCCGGCCGUCGUGCCAGUACCCGCACGUGUUCGUCUACUGGAUCGCCAUGCACGGCUUCCUGUUCCUGUUCCUCUUCAGCGACUUCUACAAGGCUAGGUACACGCAGAAGGUGCAGAAGCGCGCCGAUGGACUGUGUAUGGCGGUGGACGUGGGCGCGGCGGCGACGCGCGGCUACAAGGAGGGCUCGCAGGUGCCGAGCGCGUACGCGUCGUCGGCCGCGGACGCCUUCGUGCGGCGGCGGCCCGUCUCAUAGUGCCCGUCGAGCCACCCCGACUGCACUGCACAAACUCACCGCAACUCGAAUGCCUUGUAAUUUAGAAGUACAGAGCUAUAUUCCGAAUAUAUUCUAUGAAUUGUUAACGAUUCGGUCAGAUAUGUCCCGUUUAGACGGAUCCGGAACUUGCGUGCGACUUUUGUCGCUUUGCCGUGUUGGGUCGAUCGACUGAAUGGAUUGAGUAGUAUUUUCGAGUUCUGAAACCGUCUAAAUGCGGAAUUUGUAGGAUAUUUAAAAAGGUGUGGUCUGUAAUUUUUAGUCACAAUUGUAGAUCUUACUUUGAUCACUUCGCGAUAUCGUGGACGGGCAUUGUGUAUUAUCGUAACUGUAAAUAAUGUUUUUGUAACGUUCGGGUCUCGGCUUACGUUUGAGGAGGGUAGUGGAUCGUCUGUAAAUAUUAUUUUAUCGCUUAGGUAGUCCAUAAUGCGAAUAAUUGAAAUGCGUUACCAUAAAAUUCUGUAAGGUGUCCAGUGUCCAUUUUGUUUCGGAGUUUUCCCGAAUGAAGUGUAUUUUCGUAGUUUCUUUCACGUUUAUUAUGUCUACUGUUAAUACCAAAAACUGAACAAGUAUGAGCUCGGUACAAUGUGUCGGGUCUGUGUGAAUACUGUAUAGAUUGCAUUUAAGUUGUGACAUUAUUGUUGUACUUGUUCGCGAGUACGGGAGCGGCGGCGGCGGAGGCCACCGAUAGGUUACGUUUUAGAGAAUAAGUAAGCUUUAGGGCCGAUUCAUACGGUGCGCGAACUCGCAUGCGAUUGUAUAUACACCUCGGAGUUGACCUCCAAUCCGGUCGAAUGCCGCAAUAACCGGGUCCACACAGAGCGAGGCAAUUUACUCGCGCGGCAAAUAUUCAGUGAACAUUUGCCGCUCGAGCACAUUGCCUCGAGACCUACCUCGCCCUGUGUGGACCCAGCUAAUAUCCCAUGCGAAUUCUCGUACAGUGUAAAUUAGUUCUUACGAGUAGUCACUCUAUACAUGAACAAAAACACAUAUAAAACAAGUGUUAACCUUUCGCAUGCCGAAACGUGGAUCCGUGCAGUCAAUAUUAAAUUCUUAUUAUUUUUAAUUAGAGUUGAUAGCUACUAACGUGGAUCCACGUUACAUAUGUAUACGACAGGUUAAAUGAGAAAAAACUUAUUUGUAUAAGUAAACAUUUUACAGCUUACUUAUUUCUCUAUUAUUAUGUAGAUGUGUGCGCGGGCGAGGAUUCGCCAAUUAAUUAAUGUUAAUUAUUAUUUUGUAUCAUGUUAUGGUGUAAUAAUGCUUUGAAUGUUGUGCAAUGUGAAGUGCCGGUUGCUUUUUGCGACAGAUAUGCUCAAAUAAUACUGCGUAUUCACUGUUUUGCUAUUCUAUUUAUUAUUUUAAUAAAGAAGUUUACAGUA